AUGGCACAAAUCCUUCUCGAUUAUUCUGGCUCCGAUGUCCGGCUGUUUUUCCGUAUCUUCUUUGUUGUUGCAUUCAUCCUGAUCAACCUUCUGGGAACUAAAUGUCUGGCAGCACGCGCUAAACUUCGACUUAUCCAGCGACGCACUGUUCCACUACCGUAUAUGACAUCUUGGCUGGGAAGUUUCGACUCCUUAUAUGCCUUGCUUGCGGUGAGGACAUUGCCAGGCGGAUGGCUGAGCUUGCUUAUGAUCUUUGCCUAUCUCCUGAACCUGGGCUCGGAUUUUACCUCGGCUCUCAUCAAGUCGGUGCUCGUUCACGACCGCUGCCAGUUCGGCACGGGCCUGGUGGUCUCAAGUGCGCUCGUCCAAAAGGUCCCUUGGAACGGAGCGCCAUACACGGUCGUCUCACAAGCACAAGUCAUCAGUCUGCUCAAUGACGGCUUGCAGGGCAUUUACAGAAAGGCCAACCGAGCCCUUGACUUCAGUGCCGAUGCCAGUGAUGUGCUGGGUGCGUGGCACUGUGUCAGAAACCCCCUCGAACUGGAUUAUCCCUGGGAUGUAUCAGCCAGCGACAUAGUAGCCAGUCUACAACAACAUGAUCUGCUUUAUGAGACUCCGUGUUAUGUCGAUGCCAAUCUCGGAAAUAUAUCUCAUUUGGUGAUUGUUGACACAUCCGUUGGAGAGAACGUUGGCGCUGUCUUCGACGUGCGGUUCUCGGUCGACACCACUGCAUAUGGCAACGAGACGAAACACAUGCAGAGUUACCAAUGCACUCUGAAUGACACUUACGGAGAGCUUCAACCGGUUCAAGAAACAAUAAAUUCAUAUCUCACUCUCCAAAACUGGGUCGAAAUCUUUCAAGGCUCAGUAUACGAGGGUACGGGCACACCUGCAUCCAAUAACACCGGAGGAAUCCUAGAACAAGCUCUCAAUUCAAUGACCAUGGUUGCAGGAGGGGACAACUACCUCCUCGAUUCCAGUCAUUCAUCUGAGACACAAGGGUGCCUUACUCAGCGAACGCACAUUUUAUGGGAGCUCAUCAUGCUUUCUGGCGUGACUCUCCUUCUUUUAGCUUUCUUACUUGUCCUUUGGUUCGGACUGAGUCUGAGAUUGAGGAUGUUGAGCGGUCAUAUAGAUGCUGGAGAUGCGGCUUGGAUCCAAGAGAAUACCCCGAUCGGCAACUUCGAGUGGAUGGCACAGGCUGUAAGAGAGUCUCAACGUCCACGAACUGUCGAAGUCAAGGCUGCCGAUCUGAAGCAUUGGCAUUUCGGAGGGAGCUCGGACGCAGGUGGCGGUCUUUGGAUCACCAACAAGGCGACUCGUUCAAAUAUCGUCGAGGAAACAAUCUCUUUGCGGUCCGAUUCGGUCCUUUGA